AUGGCCAAUAGUUAUCUCCAUACACCUGCAGCUAUUAGGCAUGGUGCGGUCAUAGUGCAGCGGAGCAAGUCAACAGUUCAUCUUAAGCGCCAAGACGGGCCUCCACCAGGAGCUUUCCCGAUAGGAUUGAAACACCCGGUCACUGCUGGUCUUUUGGCAUGGGUGUUUGAACUGGGAGGGUCUCUUGAAGGAAAUGGCCCAUCUUCCAUAUAUAGCCCCUUUAGCUGCCGGCACUGUAGGGUUGAUCCAGGUGUCUGCAGCCUUUCCGCCCUCUGUGCACAAAACAUCGCUCUCCGUUGUAAUUUCCCGAGACAAAUUGCCAAGACCAACCUCCUUGACUGCUCAGUUGGCUUUGUUGUUUUCCUGCUUAGCCAAUCGCUCCAGUCCGUUCCAAGGGAGAUUGAGCGAGAACGCCAUCAGCACGGCAUCAACUUCCCGGCUCUGAAACGUCUGCUUCCACCUGCAGCCACCUGCAGCACAAGUCCCACGGUGAAACUGGCCACCGGCGACAUCAGUCAAGACCCCCAAUGA